GCUGGAUCAGAGACCUCACUCAUCCUGGGCCGCACUUGCAUGUGGUGUCCAUUAAUGCUGGUGGGCUUGCUGGUACUUGGCGUGCUGUUGAAGAGUUGAUUUCUGUUGGAAAGGUUGAUGUGCUUGGCGUCCAGGAAGUUGCUGCUUCUGAUUCGGAGCUGUUGGCUUUGCGUCGCGCUGCUUUGAAAAAUGGCUAUCACAUGUUUCAUGUUGCUGGUAAGCCUACCUGUGAUGGUUGGGGAGCUGUGCGUCAGCGUGGUGGUGUCGCUUUAUUUGCGCGCCUUCUUUUUAAGAUCCAUCCGGCUAUUUCGUUUGUUGGCUUGGAUUCUCAAUGUGUUGGCGUGUGGUUGGAUGGGUGGUUUUUGGCUACGGCGUAUGCUCCACCUGGCUACAAUGACGAGCCGGUGCUUGAACUCGCUUCUGGGACGUCUUUUUUCUCAACCUUGGUUUGGCUGGUCUUUGGUGACUUCAAUGAACUUGUUGGCGCGAGCAAAUUGGAAAUUGCGCUUUCUGCUUUUGGCGGGGCGGCAGUUUCCGUUGAUAAGCCCACGCGUUGGGAAGGUCAAAGAUGUGUGGAUUGGGCUCUUACCAGCCGUCCUUUGACGUGUGAUCAGCCUGAGCUCCUUGAUGUGGCCUUGAGUGAUCAUAUCCCUGUUUCUUUGGUUCUCACUUCAAGCCCAAACUCAGGCAGAUCAGAACUGGCCCUGGAUUUCUCCCAACCUUAA